AUGCCCAAGUCCCAACGAACAUCAUCUCGCCCGGCACAUCACGCCAAUGGUACUGCUACGUCAUUCAUCAACCCUUGGCCGUCAGCAGGACUGCCGACAUGGACCGAAGUCUUCCAAAGUUCAUUUCCAUUUGGAUGGUACAACAAAGCCUCAUUGCACAGUCAUCGGAGGGCGCGAAAGAUCAAAGUCGUCAAGCCAGACUGGGGUCACCCUAAACAAGUACAAGCUCAGCCUGGAGAAUCCAGUGGUAAAUCCAAACCACAGUCUUUUACUGCCACUUGGCUUGGACAUGCUGGUGCACUAGUCGAGAUCCCUCCGAUACAACAACCAGACGAGGAUGGCGGGAGCACCACUCUCAGCGGCGAAUCCAAGUCGAAAAGCACUUAUCUGCUUUUCGACCCUAUUUUCUCCACGCGCGCCGGCCCAACCCAAUAUCAAGGGGUUGCGCGCUUCAAAGAACCGCCCUGUCAAAUUGCAGAUCUACCCGGUUGCGAUGCCGUCUUCAUCUCCCACAGUCACUACGACCAUCUUGAUGUAUCUUCUGUCAAAGCUGUAUUUAAACGCUUCCCCAACGCAAGAUAUUUCGUCCCACUGGGAAUCAAGUCUUGGAUAUUGGCCACCAUCAAGAUUUCCAAAGAUCAAGUCAUCGAACUCGACUGGUGGCAAGACCGAGAACUCCAACUAUCUGACUUGGAACUUCCUGCUUCUGGCGAGUGCUCGGGUAUUCAGGAAGUGCAGCAACGGGGGAGUAACGACACCACAGACAACAAGAUCACGCUGAAAGUCUCCUGUGUUCCCGCUCAGCACAAUUCCGGCCGUAGUCCCGCUGACCAAGGAAGCACACUAUGGUGCGGAUGGGUGAUCGAGUGCUUCUGGCAGCCUUCACAAGGGCUAUCAGAGAUUAAAACGGAAUCACCACGCACGCGUAUAGGCUCAAUCUACCACGCAGGCGACACCGGUUACCGACGACACUCCAAUCCAAACUCACCGAUCUGUCCCAUAUUUGAGACCAUCGGUUCACGCUUCGGGCCCCUCGACCUCUGCUUCCUCCCGAUCUGGCGCGGCGGCAGUCUAGGAUUCAUCUCGUAUAUGGGCCUGCGUCUCUCACAUCAUGACAUACCGGCUGCACUGCAUGCGUCGCCCACCGAUGCGGCCGACAUGCAUCUCGCGGUCAAGGCGAGGAAUACGGUUGGGGUGCAUUUCGGGACGUUCGUUGGGAGUGAGAAUGAAACGGUCGAGGCAGUAGUGGAAUUUGCGGAUGCUUGUGAUGCUCGGAGUAUAGGUUGGCUGGAUGACAACAAGGGAGGAGAGGAAGAGAAGAUUGUAUCCGCAGAGGAUGACAAGGGCUGGGCCGGGGUGCUUGAUAUUGGCGAGAGUUUCGUCGUGGAUCUUUUAUAA